GCAGGGGAAGAAAGGUUUGCCGUAGAUUAGGGAACACUUUUAUUGAGCUCAUCUUACCCAGAAUACAACGCAACACUACAACAAAUCAAUAAACGUAUUCGUAGAAGGGACGCCAAUAAAAACAUUUAAUCCGUGCAUUAAAACCGGAGCCACAGCGGAAGUCUAUUGUGAGCUAACAAAGUUGGUUAACACUAUGUUUGUUGCGCAUUUAGGCCUGGUUAUAGGCGACCGGAUAUGAAGUGAGGCGGUUCCGACCGGAUAUCCGAAAAUAAAAAGAAUGCACCCUUCUGGUUUCACCUGAACGAAGCUAACCCCCUAUGUUUAAAAGCUUUAAAUAGUUCUUACAGGAACAUGCCGCGCAAAUACAUUCGAAAGUGUCCUGAGCGGAUCCCAGUUACUGAAGAACAAAUUGCUACCGCCAAAGUGCUUAUAGCAAAAGGGAUGAGUAAACGAGGUGCAGCGAAUAAGAUUGGCAUUUGCGAAUCGACCCUUAGAAAAAGGCUUAAACUUAACACUAUUUCUUGUACCAUGGGUCGAUCUAAACCAACUUUUGAGCAAGAGGAGUUUCUUGAAGUUGAAGAAGGAACUUCAAAUAGUGUGGUUACGAAUCGGUCUGCAGAAUCAUAUGGACUUUCCAGAGAAGUUACUUCAGAUGACUUAAGAGAUAUCGAUGAUCGUUUUGUGAACGGAUCUCCCGUUGAAGACGAUGCAAACUCAGAAGCCGAGGAUUCUAUAUCAGAAAAUAAGGAAGAAUAUCCCUCCGUCAUAGCUGAAAUUACCAAACAUAAAAAACGAAAAAUAGAAAACCCUCAAACAAUACCAAUAACUUCAAGAAAAUACUACCACACUACAAAAGAUGGGUGUUCCACUUAUGGAGAACACGUUGGAAACGAAAUUAGAACACUACCAUCAAAAUCUCAAAUCAUUGUAAAACACCUAAUAAAUAAUAUUUUAUUUGAUGCUGCGAUGGGCGUAUAUGAAAAAAGUAAUUAGUAUGGAGAACCAUGUUUAGAUAACGCUGCUAUAUCAAAUUACUGCAUUUCAACAACUGCAGAAUCUUCA